CUACUGCUGUACCUCAGCAGUUUUCUCUCAGUCCUACAAGCCACAGAUCCUCUGUUAAUCCUAAAACGGGAAAAAGUGUUAGGGACUUGACUGCAUCAAAUCUGUUUCUGCAUAGUGGAUGUGAUGAAAGAGCAAUGGGGGUCUGCAGUAAGGAUGUUUUAUUGAACCCACGCUUGAAUCCUGCUCCAGCACUGGUUCACCCAAAAUGCCCUUCAGUUUCUCAUCAGAAUCCUACACACAGCCACAGCAAUUCUUCCUUUAUUACCUCAGGUCAAUCUCUCUCAAAGCGAGAUAGUUUACGAACUCAGGAUGAAACUUUGGUGUCUGAUCUCCAUCUCAGGGAUACUGUGGGUAUCAGCAGCUCCCUUGAUCUUGGGACAUCCCCACAACUAGCAAGAUGCAAAAACAUAAAGACAAACAGGGGUGAUGAAAGUUCAGUGGAUGAAACUAUUGAAGAUGUAAUUGUGAAAUACUGCCAUGAAACUACACCUGAAGAAAUUUAUUUCAAAGAAGAGAAUAAUCCCAGUGUACCUUUUUCAUCAUUUCUGGACCGUACUAAUUUAGAGGGCUCUGAAAUGAGUUUUGACUGUGAUGCACCAAUACAGGUAGGAACAGAUUUACCCAAGGCAGCUAUAAAAGAUAUAGAAUUCCUGAAAGAGGUCCAGGUAUGUUUGCAAGAUAAAGACUAUGGAACACAGCUCUCUUCUGUUUUAAAAACUGAGUCAUUAGAGAAAAUAGAAGCAGUGAAAAAGGAUGUUGUAGUUCAUACCGAAGAACCAGUUCUUCCAGCCCUGCCUCACGUGCCUCCUUCUUUUGUGGGAAAAACUUGGUCUCAAAUAAUGUAUGAAGAUGAUAUAAAAAUUGAAGAACUUGUGCGUGAUUUCAGGGAAGGUCGUUUUCGCUGCUACUUUAACAGUGAAUCCUCAGCCAAUUAUAAAGGGAAGAGAAUGAAGAAGAAAAAGCAGAAAGAUGAAAAAAGGAUCAAUAUCAUUGAGGGUAAUAGAACAGAAAGUGUACCAGUUAAAGCAUUGCCAGAAUUUAAUGAUGCUUUAAGUGGUGGCUCUGAUUUUGAUAACCCAUCUUUAGCCUCAGAUACACUAUGCAACCCACAAAUUGUAAAAAUGCCUAGGAAAAGGACAUGGCGUCUGGCUUCAAGGUGUCAGGUGGUUAAAGUCAGCCAUGGCACCCAAACAAGUUUGCUGAACUACCCUGCAGCAAAAAGGAAAAUGUCUAGAAGGGAAUCCGAUCCAGCUGAUCAGAAAGCAAGCAUAGCGUGGCUGGAGAAUGAAAAAACUCCAAACAUGAAAACUAGAUUAUGUGCCCUUAAACUUCCAGAAUCCUAUAGCAAGAUCAUGAGUCCUGUACAGCCCAAGACAGUGGUGUAUGUACUCUCAUGCCCAGAGGUAAAACAGUGCAAAGGUAAACCUCUAGAUAUUCCCAAAAUGAGGAAAAAUCAUCACUCCACAGAUAGCAAGGACUCUGUAAGAUAUAAAUACAAACAGUGUUCUCUCAAAUAUUAUGACCCACUGACAAAUCGAAUUCUGAAAACACCUCCAAAGAGUACAGUUGGAGAAAAGGCCAAAAAGCCCUCUCAUGUUCGACAGCUUUUCAGAAGUCUCAGCUUUGAUGCAAACAUGAAGAAACUGGCUGAUACACAGAGAGAAAGCAUGCCAUCAAAGUCACUCAAUUGGUCAGACUUCUGUAGUUCUUCUUCAGCAUCUUUCCUGCCAGAUCGAGAUAAAGGGAAUGAUGCAGCCUCAAGUCAAAAGGCAGAUGGACCGUCUGUUACCACAGAAAGAACAGAUUGUCUUGUAUCUGAGAACUCUUUUAAACACCUAAUCAUUUCACCUUUGAACUCUGUGAUAGAAGGAGAUUAUAGAUUAAUUCCAUUUAAUAGAAUUACCAAAACUCCUCUGACCUCCAUCAGGAGUGAGUGGUCAGAGAGGGAGAAUCCAAAAGCAAUAUGGAAGAGAAAAGAAGGCACUAACAAAGAACCAGUUUUUUCCAGAAAGGCUGCAGGAUCUAAGUCUGUCAGAUGUACUCUUGCAAGGAGAGGAAACAGAGUAACCACAGGCAAACAAACAUCCAGAACUAAAAAACAGCAGAAAGAGGGGGUGAGAAGACAACUUCAGACUUGUGCCCAGAAAUCUGCUUUCUCCAUCCAUAGGUGCCAGACAAGGAAAACUACAGUGGGAAAGCACCCUAAGAAAGAAAAGCCUGAUGCUAAAAAGUUAAAGGUGAGGAGGAAACCAAAAAGGGCCUUUCUGAACUCAACAGUUGUAACAGUAAUUCCUGAAAAAAGGCAGAAAGUCACAUCAGAAUCUUUUCCCAAGAAGCCAGAGCAAGCUUCCUCCAAAGUCAGAAACUGGGAACCAGCACCUGGAAGAAGGAAGGAGGAAAAAAGGAGGUCACAGACAAUGCAGUUGAAGUGCUAGAGCUCCAGAAAGCGCCAAGCCAGUCUAAUGUGAAAUAAAUACACGUGUAAACUCAGCUCUUGCUCCUGGAAUAUGGGGACACAAUGUAUUGCACUGUUCUACUGUGUAAAGCUGCAAAAGUUGUGUAUUUGAUUUAAAAGCACUUAUAAUCAUAUUUACUAGUCUUCACCGGUACAUCAGCAAAAUGACCUUGAAUGGUAUCAUAUUGUUAUUAUGGUAUUAUCAGUGCAUAACAGUGCACUAUAAUAAGGUAAUUUAGAAGCUGUGUUAAUUAAUUGUGCCUAUUUUAAUUUUUUUUACAUAAUUCUAAAGUGCAGAAGAUGACUCAGUUGCUAUGCUAGAAAUUUAAUGAAGAUACAUCAAUCAGGGCUGAAUUCUGUGUAUGUAUUUUGUGUUUGUAUAUAUGUGCACCUUCUUCAACACAUAAUAUAUACUUGCCUGUGGAAUGGCAUUAAAAUUAAUACAGUAUGAUACAAUUCAGAUCAAUUCAAUGCUUUCUUGAAAUGAAAUAUAAUUUUACACAUUUUUGUAUUGACUUCUUUGUUCCUGAAACCAUGUCCAAACCUUUUAUUUUUUUUGGACUGAAAGUCACUGUGGGCUCUCAUCAAGCAAUAACGGACCAUGCUGGUAAGAAAAUAUGUCUCCUUAGGGGACUGUUCGAAUGGUAGUAGCUGAAAUGAAAUUUGAAUUCUAAAAGAAAUAUAGGGUUAUGUUUGGGGACUUUUUUUAUUUGUUUUUAAUAGCUUGUUGAUUAAAAUUGUAGGUGAAUUUCACAUUCCUUAGUGGGAGGGAUGGAAAAAUUAUAAUGCAAACAAAUAGCAGUAAGUUGUUUUAGAAUGUGAGCCUUGAGUUUGGGGUUCUAUGCUUUUCUGGCUUUAUUUGGGGUGGUGUUGGUUAAAUUUUUAUGGACUAGAGUUCAAACUUUUUUUCUAAGUUUUCAGUAAAAUAUUUAAAUAAACCUAACACAGCAUCCAUCUAAAUGUAUUAGAGUUAAAAUAUUUGGUUAAAAAACCUGGUUGAAUUAAAAUUAUAUUCCACAGAGAUUCAAGUUUGGCCACUGAUGUUCCAUCUACUAUGGUUUUAUGGCAAAAAACCCCCAAACCUAUGGUGGUUUAGCUUAGUUUUCUUUCUUUUUUUAAUAAUUGUUAUGAUGACAGUUUAUUUGAUGUGGUUAGGAGACAUAAAGCCAGUCUUAUGGAUGUUUCUGUGCUUUAAAACCCAAGAUUAAUGGUUCAUUUACAGUAAAUUAAGCACGCAGUUAAACAUCAUCAUAAUCCAGGCUCUGGUUUUCAAAUCUUCAAUGUGAUACAUUAUAUAAUCUAUUUUACCUUGAAGGUCUUCAUAAAUUCUCUAGUGGUACAAUACAUUUUUCAGAACACAAGAAAAACGUGGAAAACACCAGACCCUGCUGUCUCUGGCAUUGAACAUAUCUGUGCAUUUUCCCCUCAGAAAACAAACUGUUCUUGAUUCUUCAUUCACUUCUUUCUGAAGUGUCAAGGGUCACAGAUUUGGACUGAGAUAAAGGUGGACUUGGUAAUGGUUUCUUAUAAUAUACAGUAUCUGAAGGAAAUAUAAAAGCUGUCAUCAUAAACCACAUGUUCAGAGAAUAUUUUGAGGAUGGUUUUAAUGUAUAUGCGUAUUUCUUAAGAUAAAUAAAAGAUGUGCAUGUGUCAGCUGGAAAGUAUGUUCCUUUACAAGUCAGAUAUGGUCUGACAGAUGUUUUAUUUGUUUUGUUUUAAUUUAUUUUAUUUUUAUAUAAAAGUUGAUUUCUUUGGAUGGCUUUUCCUAUGGUUGUCAGUAGACACAGAAUCUUAUGACUGUAUUGCAAGUCACUGGAAAAUGAAGGGCUAUAAUACAAAUUUUUAUAGCCUUCAACUAAUUGUGCCUGUAUAAUUUAAUAUUUUGUCUAAUAUAAAACUGAUGUUUUUAAAGCAAAGAUUUAAAGGAAUGGUUUUUAUAGAAAGGCUAAUUUUUAGAUAAAGCAAAAGAAGAUUUUUAAAUAAAGUUUGUUUAAAGCAAAGCUUUAACUAUAGAUAAGUCCCAUUCUAACAUAUUUUUAUGAUACAAGAAUGUUUUCCUAUCUAACUUCUUCCAUCUUAUUUUUCACAGUAUUUCACAUGUGAAGAGCAUGAAUUAUUUUUUGUGUGAAUAAGUUUUAAUGCACAUUGUACUUUAAGAACACUAGUGUGUAUUUGUUUAGAGUCAAAAUACUGUUCUCCAUACUCAUUCAUUGUACAUUUGUCUUAUUCCAGUGCACAACUUCCCCUUGAAAUCUUGAGUAAUAAAGAUAUGUUGAGGACUAUAAAAUUA